AAGUGAACUUACCAUUUUACGCCCGUCUUACCAUAAGGAAGCUGCAAAUCGAUAUGGAAGGGUACUCUACAGCUUUGUACAUGUUUGUUAGUUUCUCUUGUAUAUUGCUUUCUCUGUCAUCAGUGGGCUGUGAAUCCCCCAAUAAUGCUGGGGUAGAAAAGAGCAGUUUUGAGGACAAGCGAUGUAAAUGUGUGUGUCCUAACGUAGCCCCAAAUGGAACCAUCAUGGGGAAAAGUCGUACCUGGAUCAAGGAUGAUCUCGACCCGACAAGUUGUGACUGUUACCAUGUGUUGGAGGACCAUGCAAGUGGAGAAGUCUGUGCCCUGUGUGAAUGUCUGUAUGAAAGCAGGAACACCACUGUAAUUAAGGUGGUGGUGAUAUUCAUCAUUUGUGUGGUGGCCCUGCUAUUCAUUUAUAUGUGUUUCCUCCUGUGUUUGGAUCCACUCAUCGCUAAGAGACCAAGGACACAGUAUCAACAACAAGUGAACGAGGAGGUGAAUUUGGACAACCUAGCUGCAGAACCUCAAAGACCAACGACAGCCAGGCGUCGUGUUGACAGGCAGCGAUCCGUCAUCAAUCAAGUCACAGAUGUACAGAAAAGGUGGAAGGACACUGUACAGGAACAGAGGAAGCAGAUUUAUGACCAUCACUCACUCUUAAACUAAA